ACAGCCCGCCAUGUGGUAGCAAGUUAGAAAAGCAACCAGAAGCCCCGUGCUGGGUGUGGUGGGGGAAAUGGGAGAUGUUACACCUCCAGCCGGCUGACAGAGGGACAGGGGCUGUGCCUGGGGCCGGCACCCCCUGGUUUACUGACCUUCCACUUGGGGACAGGCACAGCGUGAAGGAGAAGAGCCUGGAGCUGGGUGUUCUGCGGGUGCCUGGGCCUGGGGAGCUGCCCGGCAGAGCCACGGAGGAGCUUUUCCUGUCUGAGCUGUCCCUGAAAUGACUGCACUUGUCAGAAGUUGAGGUGUAAAUCGGCACUGGAGCUGGACGGGAGUUGGGCUGUUUUCCUCAGAACUUGUCUGAGCAAGAGCAGAUUACGCUGCUAGACCUCAGUGAUGCAACAGGAUGAACUCACUCGAGCUGCGUUGUUUCUGUGCAAAGCCACGUGGAAAAUGAGGAGCUGAAAAAAGACGCUAUUAUAAGGCCACUCUCCAGUCACGUGUGAUUUUAUAUACCUUUGGAAAAAAGCCAGAGUAUCCAAACAGGCCCUGCUUGUUGAUUUUUGGUAAAGACUCUAUUAAACCCCGCAGCAAAACUCUUUUUCCAACCCAAAGGUUGUUUUGCGUGGCGGGGAACCAGAGUUUGGCUGCAACAUGGCAACGGUUGUCACCGAAAAGCUUAGCCGCCUCUUUAUUAACGUGCGGCAGGUCCCUCAGCUGCUGGCACCCCUCUCUCCCUCCACCGUCAGCAGUUCAGAGGUGCCAAAGGUCUUCUGGAAGCCCUACAUCCACAGCGGCUACCGGCCAGUGCAGCAGACCUGGCGCUAUUACUUCUCGACGCUCUUCCAGCAGCACAACGAGGCCAUCAACGUCUGGACCCAUCUGCUGGCUGCGCUCAUCCUGCUGCUGCGGUUCCAGCAGCUCUCACAGCGGGUGGAUUUUGGACAGGACCUGCACGCCCAACCCCUCCUCAUCAUCAUUGUGGCAUCCAUCACCUACCUGACGUUCAGCACGCUUGCUCACCUUCUGCAGGCCAAAUCCGAGUUCUGGCACUACAGCUUCUUCUUUAUGGACUACGUGGGGGUCGCCGUUUACCAGUAUGGCAGUGCUCUGGGGCACUACUACUACGCCAUCGAGCCAAGCUGGCACGAGAAGAUCAAGGGGUUUUACAUGCCGGUGGCCGUCCUGUUAGCGUGGCUGUCCUGUGCUGGUUCCUGCUACGCCAAGUACCGGUACCACCAGUCUGCUCACCUUCUGAGCCGGCUCUGCCAGGAGCUGCCCUCCGGCCUGGCGUACGCGCUGGACAUCAGCCCUGUGGUCCACCGCAUCUACACCGCGCCGUCCUCCGAGUGGGCUGACCCGGCCCUUCUGUAUCACAAAUGCCAGGUGCUGUUUUUCCUCAUUGGUGCCUUUUUUUUCUCACACCCUUACCCCGAGAAGUGGUUCCCUGGGAAGUGUCACUUCUUCGGGCAGAGCCAUCAGAUUUUUCACGUGUGCCUCGUGCUCUGCACGCUGGCGCAGAUCGAGGCGGUGGUGUUGGACUAUGAGUCCAGGCGACAGAUCUAUUCCACCCUUCAGGGUGAUUCGGCGCACAACUUCUCGGCCCUAUGCCUCUUCACUGUGACCUGCUCUGUCCUCACAGCUGCUUACAUGGCCAGGAAGGUGAAGAACAGGCUCAGCUUCAAAGAAGAGUAAGAGCCCUGAAGGAGAAGCAGGUGAGCUCACCCAAAUGGUUGAUCUGCAGCCAGCUGUGGUGAUGGUGGCAUAAAUGUGGCCACAAACUUCAAGAAGAGGAAUAAAAGGCUUUGUGAACUGUUACUCAGCAGUGCUCUCCAUAGGGAGGGAAAGUAAGAGUUGCUUUUCAUUAUUACUUUAAUUCAGAAUUAGUUCUGGCUUGCUCUUAAAAUGGUACAAUGGUUUAAUUCAUGUGUCUGAAUAAACUGUUGGAACAAAA